GGGGCGCGCAGGUCGGAGAAGGUGCGACCGUCCGGGGCUGCGGCGCCUGGGCGCCGGUGGAGAGGUCACGCUGGCGGGGCGCCGGCGGGCGGCGGCGGGACAUGGCGGCGGGCGGCAGGCUGGAGGACGGUUCCUUGGAUGUCCUUCAAAGUCUGGAUGAUGACCCCCUUCUGGACACCCAGCCUCUCGCACACCACUCCUUACGUGCUCACUUUAGACCCAGAUUCCAUCCUCUUCCCACGGUCAUCAUUGCGAAUCUUCUGUUGUUUAUACAUGUUGUGUUUGUCAUUUUAGCAUUUUUAACAGGGGUGCUGUGUUCGUUCCCUGAUCCCAAUGAAGACAAGUGCCCAGAAAAUUACACCAACCCACUGAAAGUUCAGACAGUCAUAAUCCUUGGAAAAGUCAUCCUGUGGAUUCUGCAUUUGCUUCUUGAACGCUACAUCCAGUAUCACCACAGCAAAGUCAGAAGUCGCGGCUAUUCCCAGAUCUACAGGUCUACGAAGCAUCUCAAAAACCUGGCCCUCAUGAUCCACUCUUCUGGCAACACGGCCCUCCUGCUGCUCCUGUGCAUGCAGCACUCUUUCCCUGAGCCCAGCAGCCUGUACCUGGAGCUGAUGCUGGCUGUCCUGGCCCUGGAGCUGAUCUGCUCCCUGAGCUGUCUGCUGCUCUAUGCAGUGAAAAUUAUGAGAUUCAAUAGAGCCAAACCACAGCCUGAUGUCCUUGAAGAAGAAAGAAUGUAUGCUCACCCCAGCAAUAUAGCCUCAGAGACUGGCUUCAGGACUAUUUCAAGCCUAGAAGAAAUUGUUGAAAAGCAGGGAGACAUAAUCGUAUAUCUGAAGAGACACAACGCCCUGCUCAGUAAGCGGUUGUUGGACCUGGCCUCUCAGCCAGCUAGGACCUGAGAGACUCCUGGGUAUGACAGCUAUCAAAUCCUCAGUAACUCCAGACUGCCCGAAGUUACCUUCACAGUGUGUGAUGGGAACCUGAGCCCUGGGUGGUUACAAACAUCUGGGAAACUGGAGAAUAUUUUGUAUGGUUUGAAAUAAUUUAACUUCUUGACUCUUCUGGAAUCUAAGCUGUAGUUUAAGAACUCUGGAAUAAUUUGGCUCCUUUUAAAGCAAUUGUGCCAUGACAGUCUGCUGUAAACAGUGUUUCAAACCAGUCUGUUCUUGCCACAGUCAGCUGCUGAGAGAAAACAUCUUUCCUGGUGCUCCCUGUUUUCUUCUAGAGACUCACGGGCAGUUUUGUAUGAGUGAGGGCAGAUCAGGUGAGGGAAAGAUCAGAUUUGUUGUCUCACUGGCGUUUUGUAUGAGUGAGGGCAGAUCAGGUGAGGGAAAGGUGAGAUUUGUUGUUGUUUUCUUGCUUGUUUGUUCUCCAGAGCUGGGGGCAAACCCAAUGCCUCACACAGAAUGAGCAAACACUCUGCCUCUGCAUCAGUUUUACCAGGAUUUCCUUCUGCUGCUCAUGGUGACUCACACCUGUAGUCCCAGUCUCGGAAAAUCUGAAAAGCUGAGGCAGGAGGAUCACCACCAGCUCAAUCCCACAGAAUGAGACCUUGCUCCAAGAGCACUGAGCACUUUCCUCAGUAUAAGACCGAUCUCACCAGGACAUAUGCUGUGCCCGUUCUGCAGUGUGUUGUUGAGAAAUAUAAUGUGAAGAAUCCUGGGGCAGUGGGAGACCCAGUGGAGAGGGUCUCCCCACACCUGCUAAGUGGGGAGACCUCGGACUGGCAAGAGAUUUAGGAAAUAAUGUCAUUUACUCUAUCGUUGCCCUUCUUCAGGGAGUUGCCAUAGAUCCCUCUGCUACACUUUGAUUUACAGCAAGUUCAAUCAGUUGAGCAUGGUGGCCCUCAGCUGUCAUCCUAGUACUUGGGAGGCAAACACAGGAAGUUCAAGACUAUCCUGGUCCAAAUAGUGAGUUUCAGGGCAGCCAAAGCUAUAAAGAGACCCUUCUCCCCCUCGCUCCCCCAAAAGACAAAUAUGUAUGUCAGAAUAAGGGUGUCUCUGAGUUAAAAUUUGACCACAUAGUGGCAGUAAGAUGGUUCUGCAGGAAAAGUGCUUGUUCGGUAAGGCUGAUGACCUGAGUUUGAGCCUGGGAACCCAUGGUGGAGGAGAAUCCGACUCCUAAAAUUUGUCUUCUGACCUUGAAACUCUCAACAUGUUACUCUUGUGUGUGCACUGACACAUACCACACACAUGUCACACAAAUACACACAAUACUACAUUUUUUUCAUUGUCUAAAUAGGAAAAAGACACUUUUUGGUCUUGCAUUGUAGCUCCAAGUUGUGAUGGGUUUAACAUGUCAAGUUGAUGUAUGUAUAGGUAUUAUCAAACAGAUAAUUCUUACAAUUAAAUGAACAUUUUUUAUG